AUGGCUUCAACUCCUCUGCUUCCAAAAUCCAUCUCCCCUUUUCUGCUAAACCCACCUUUAUUUCCACUAACUCAAUGCACCAAUGUCUCUUUCUUGAACAAUCCACCCGACCAAUUUUUUUGCUCCAAAAAAUCGACCACAUUUUUGCCCAAUGCCAAGAAGAAAAACUUCUGGCUUGACCCUUUCGACGAUGGCGAUGAUCCUGAAAUGGAGUACGGUUCAUUGUUUUCUGAAGGCAAGCAGGAGGAGGACCCGAGGCCACCGGAUAAUCCAAAGAACCCCUAUGGAUUUCUUAAGUUUCCAAUGGGUUAUAAUGUGGAGAUAGCUUCAUUGGGAUUGAAGAUUAGAGGAGAUGUUAGAAGAUGUUGUUGUAUGAUUUCAGGUGGUGUUUACGAAAAUCUGCUGUUUUUUCCGGCGAUUCAGUUGAUUAAGGAUAGGUACCCUGGUGUUCAAGUGGAUGUGGUGGCAUCAGCGAGAGGGAAGCAGACUUUUGAGUUGAAUAAGAAUGUGAGAUGGGCUAAUGAAUAUGAUCUGGAUGAUGAUUUUCCUGAACCAGCAGAUUAUACUGACAUGAUUGGAGUUCUUAAGAAUAGGUAUUACGAUAUGAUCUUAUCAACCAAGUUGGCAGGGCUUGGUCAUGGAGCAUUCUUGUUUAUGUCAUCAUCCCGAGACCGAGUAAGCUACGUUUACCCCAAUGUGAAUGCUGCAGGAGCAGGACUAUUCCUAUCAGAAACAUUUACUGCAGAUAGUCAGAAUCUAUCUGAGGGUGGAUACAAUAUGUAUCAUCAGAUGAUUGAUUGGCUUGGGAGACCAGGUCGAAAUGUGCCGAGGCAACCUGUGCCUCCGCUAAAAGUGUCGAUCUCGAGGAGGUUAAAGGAGGUUGUAGAGGUAAAAUAUAAGAAUGCCGGUGCACAGAAAGGGAAAUAUAUUGUCAUUCAUGGAAUAAAGUCAGACUCAAAAGCCUCAAUGCAGUCCAGAGGUGACACUGAUAGCUUGCUACCAAUUGAAAUAUGGGCUGAAAUAGCUAGUGUAAUAAGCGGACUCACACCAGUUUUCGUCAUUCCGCACGAGAAAGAAAGGGAAGACGUAGAAGAUGUUGUUGGGGAUGAUGCUAGUAUAGUGUUUAUUACCACCCCUGGACAGCUUGCUACUUUAAUCAAUGACUCGGCCGGGGUAAUAGCUACAAACACAGCUGCCAUACAACUUGCACAUGCCCGCGAAAAACCGAGCAUUGCAUUAUUUUGUUCCGAUGAUAAGGCCAAGUUAUUUGUUCCGAAUGCUGAAGAGAAGAAAUGUGCAAUUUUUUCGUCAAAGACGGGAAAAUUGAUAGACAUUGAUGUUGAAGCUGUGAAGACUGCAACUCAGAUUUUCACCAUGCCCUUGGUUAUUGCCUAG